AAGACAGAAAGGUGAACAAGCGUCGCAGUACUGUGCACAUGCCCGGAGGAUUUUUGCCAUCCAUCACUGGUGUCAGUGAGAGUUUCCAUUACAGCAGUCACGGGUGGCUGAGCAGGAGAGAGGAGAGUCAUGCCGACUGUUAGAGCAACAGGUAGCAGGGGACGACUGACCGGAGACAGAGUCAAAGUCUACAACGCUUCUUAUGACCAAAACUUGACCUCUCACCUCGGACAUCCCAGCGAAACAGGCUUCACAUCAAACCAGAGACCAGCCGUGUAUUACAGGCCUGUUAUGGACCACAUUGACAACCCACAGUUUGGACUCCUGUUAUCUGACAGUUUCAUGUCUCAAACUAAACAACACUACCAGCCUCACAUCCGGUCUGAUUAUUCAGGGUCUUUGCCAAACCUCAUUAACAAGUCGAGAGACAGCGGCUUCCAUCAGCUGAGGAGUCGUCCCAAAACAGCGACUAUGGAGGAAAUGACAGAAUACCAAAGAUUGUUUGUGCCGCAUCGUCUCACACCAUCAGUUUCCCAGAACCAUGUGACUGUGGGUCCCAGAGGAGGAAGUGGUUUUACUGAGGGAACAGACCUUCAACUUAACACAUUUCUGGAGAAAAAGAGAUGCAUGGUUGAACCUCUCCAGACUCACAGCUCAGUGAUGAAAAGUGACUUUGUGUCACCUUCAUUUCUGCAGGGCACUGAGGCAAGACCAAACAUGUGCAGUAGCCGUUUUUCUCGAGAAACAGGAUUCACACGAGGUGCCAUUGCUCCCUUGGCCUGCCCACCCUCCCUUCUGUUGUCACCACGAACGAAAAGUCAUGCACCAACUACAAAGUCCAUUGGAAAAAAGGAGCCCACAGGGUUUCUUCUCAAUGCUCCGAGCUACCAGACUUUUUGUAACACACCGUUUGAUCGUUCACACUUCAACACACAUUAUGAAAGCACGUUUUGUCAUGAUGCCGAUUAUGAAAAGUUGAAAUCUGGCCACUCUUGUGCAGCAAUUAUCAGUGGAAAUAGAGAGAACAGCUACAAUCGUCGAGACAUGGACAGGUUCAUCUUUAGGGGCUAAACCUUCUCACACCUGAGAAUGUAACCGCAUGACUAAAAAUAAAAUGUCUUUCUUG